AAAUAACGAAGAUACAUAUUUUUAGAAAAUGGCAUACGUUUUGCAAGUUUUCUUGAAAUAAAUAAGACGACAGAUAUUUUCAGAAAAUGCAAUACUUUUUUCAAGUUCACUAUUUGAGGUGAUAUUAUGUGCCAGUGACUAAUAGGAUUAGAUGAUCGACCGAUGUUGUUAUAUGCAUAAUCUGUGAACUUAUACGCGUUCUUUGAGGACAAACUUUCAGUUACUGGUAACAUCUCAUUCAUCAAGAAACAUGAAUAGUGAAAACAAACGAGUUGGCCAUUGCGCUAAUUGUAAAAGUUAUGGUCCGAUUAUACUGUGCUCCAACUGCAAAAGCGUCAUGUACUGCUCAAUACGUUGUCAGAAAGCAGACUGGAAGAAGCACAAAAUGCCCUGCAACAUCACAACGUCAUCAAAAAAUGAUUCACAGAUCUCCAACAAUCCUGAUGCUUACCAUGUUUGUGCAUUUUGUCAGCGUGUUGGAGCCCAAAGGUGUGCAAAAUGUAAAAGUGCGUGGUAUUGCACGAGGGCAUGCCAAGCUAAAGACUGGAAGCGUCACAAACCGGAUUGCAAACUCAAAUAUACGGAUCAUCAAACAACGAAUAUGAAGCAAGCAAAUAAUGUUGAUGUCCAUACUAUUGACACAUUGUCGAUAUUAAAUGAACCUAAAUCUUUUAUUGAAUCGAAACAAGAGUUAGUUAAACCUUUGAAUGUAGAUACAUGUAUGCUAUUUGAUAAUGAAUAUGACCAGGAUCAAAUGAAUUCUACUUCAACAGAAAUAAACAUGAACAAGCAAAUUGUGAAUGACGAACAUAAACCUACGAGUGAAAUCAAAUCGGAAACAAGUGAGGGUGCAAGUAACUGUAAGUUUGAUCAUGCAACCGAUUUUAAGGAUCCGAACUCUGGGAAAUGCAACCGAUGCAAUAUCAUGGGCUGUACCCACAUAUGUGCUAGAUGUAAAUCAAUAUAUUAUUGCUCAAAAGCCUGCCAGAAAGAAGAUUGGACUGUUCAUAAAAAGACCUGCAAAAAGGAAUACACAGAGGAGGAGAGACGAAUAAUCGAAGAACGUCUAAGGAGAAAGAAACAACAAGCAAUUGAUUAUCAGAAAAUUGAAAAAGAUAGAUUUGUCACACUGUAUGACACAUUUAGUGGAGACUUUAAUCGAUUUCUGCAAACCCUUAGUCCAGAGAAGGCACUCUUGACAGCAUCUAGGCCGCCUGGGUCUCUUCAGAAAGCAAUUGAGGUUGCGAAGGGGUGGUUUCCUUACUUCAAAGUGUUAACAAGGUUUGUUCACGUACCCAGAACACCAACGAAUCCAAUGGAACUGAUCUUGAUUAAUUAUCAACAUAAGCACAAAUGCGUCCUGGUUGCGUUCAUGUACAGGUAUCACGAGCAUGUCAUGCGACACGGAGCAUAUCUGAAGGAUGAAAUUGACAGUGAAAGCAAAGUUGAAUUCUAUCUAGACGAUUACGGAGAUAAUCCCGCCCCUUUCUUUUCUUAUUUGAAGGUGAAACCGGGCAAUUUUAUAUGCAUACUGAGACCAUUCGUUCACUCGUUUAAGGACGGAACAAUAGGUUUCAAAAUUGAAAAGCCAUCUAAUGUGUAUAUUAUUGAUAAAGACCUGCUCGUGUAGGAAAAUCCGUUUGUAAGAAGUCUGGAUGGUUAUUUCUGAUUUAUUUUGUGUAUGUCGAUUGUGCAGUUUUGUUGCGGUCAUUUACAUUACUUUUUACAGUGUUUAUGGUCAUCUAAUGUAGAUGUUAACAUUAAACGAUAUAAUACAAAUCAUAA